GCGGACAGCUCAGCAAAUAAAGCCGUGUUGCACUGCCAGGUCCAGCUACAGGAAUUACGGCAGGCUCGUGAUUUUCUAAUUUUUACUCAUCUCUGUCCACUUGUGACUGGAUUUGGAAUUUAAGCUCCCAAGUCAGACAUAUUGGCAUUGUACUGAAAAGUUCAAGCUAGAUUAAGCUAGCCUCAGUAUCCAUGCAGUGCUUGGCAUAAGCAAUUUUCUUACCUGCUCAUCCAGUCUGGGCACUGCAGCAUUUCUGAAUGCUCCUCCUGAAUUGCUCAAAACAUUCACCUGGGCAGAGGUGCUGAUUCCUGCUGCAUCAUGUCAGGAGAGAGCGACUGCACCAGGACAAGUCCGUCAGCAGGGUCUCCAUCAGACAGUGAGCUCCUGCCAGACCGGCCAAAGUAUGUUUGCACCCUGUCUCCUGAUCUUGUUACCAAAGCCCGGGAGGAGCUCCAGGAGAAGCCUGAAUGGAGGCUGCGUGACGUGCAGGCGCUGCGGGAUAUGGUGUGCAAGGACUAUCCCUCCCUGGGGACCUGCCUGGACGAUGCUUUUUUGCUGAGGUUCCUCCGAGCCAGGAAGUUUGAUUACGAUCGAGCGCUUCAGCUCCUGGUGAACUACCACACCUGCAGGAGGACCUGGCCAGAGGUGUUCAGUAACCUGAAGCCAUCUGCCAUAAAGCCUGUCCUGGAGUCAGGCUUUGUCACUGUGCUGCCCCACCGGGACCCGCAGGGACGUCAUGUCGUCUGCAUCCGCCCAGACAGAUGGACACCCAGUAAUUAUCCGAUUACUGAGAACAUUCGUGCCAUAUACUUAACCUUAGAAAAACUCAUUCAGUCCGAAGAGACCCAGGUGAAUGGAAUUGUAAUCCUGGCAGACUACAAAGGAGUCAGCUUAUCUAAGGCGUCUCAUUUUGGUCCUUUUGUAGCCAAAAAAGUGAUUGGAAUUCUUCAGGAUGGAUUCCCCAUUCGAAUAAAGGCUGUUAACAUAAUAAAUGAGCCUCGUAUAUUCAAAGGCAUUUUUGCAAUCAUCAAGCCUUUUCUGAAGGAAAAGAUUGCAAACAGGGUAAGGAUCUAUGUGAUUUUAACAUUAAGAUUAAUGUUUGUAAGUUCCUUGCUUGGCCACUCUUAAGUAAAAAAAAAAAGAAAAAUUAUAAUACUUGACAGUUAGAAAAAUGUUGGUGCCAUUUUACUUUCUGCUUUAAAUUUUAAAUUUUAAAUUUUAAAAAGUAUGCCUGUUGGGAAAAUUCUCUGAGAGACAGAAACUUUGAGGAAGUCAAUACUGCAAAAUAUUAAUGUGGAACUUUAGUACAAUGCUCUGUAUCCAGGACAUUACCCCUGUGGUUGGAUUAUUUGGCCCAGUAGUGUUAUAAAUGAGCACAACAGGCCAUCUGAGCCAAUUCAAAGCCAAUUUAUUAUUACAGAAAAGAGAAAGCAAAUUGCAGCGCUGGGUGACAGGGGAGUCACCGCUCCACCAACUGCCGUGCCGAGGGUUGUUCCGUUCCUCUUUUAUGCCCCCAUCCUUCCUCCUUCCAGUGUCUCUCUGCGCAUGUCCGCUUUGUUGCUAGGGGGGUCUUCUUCUGCCUUCUGGUGGUCGCUGAUGAAGGUCCUUGAUGGUCUUCCUCCGUGCUCUCUCCCUGAACCUAAGACUUGGAACAACUUGUGGUUGAUUAGCUCGGCAGUGUUUGUCUUUUGCGGUUUCUCAAUUUCGCAAGCUAGUUAUCACAUUCCAACUGACAGUUACUUAUUUACAUUAUGUCCCCUCCUGUUUCUAGUGAACAAAAAGGUCAUGUUCCCAUCACAAUUCCCCCCUUUUUCUAUUUUACUCUUUUUGUUCACUGAAUCUGGCAAGCUCCCUUCUGCUGAGUUCCAGGUAGUUCUCUGUCUCCCCUCCAUUUAAAGGUUCAUAUUUCGCCCUAAUGAGCAUGAGGUGGGCAGCCUCUAAUCUUCCUUUUACUAUGUUGAUUAGUUUGUUGAAAAUACAGGGCCCAAAGGUUAAUGUUAAAAUGAAUAAUAUUAGAGGUCUUGCUAUAGUGGACAGGAGUGUUGUAAGCCAAGGAGAGUGGUUAAACCAUGAUUCAUACCAGCUUUGUUGGGCUUCUCUUUCCUUUUUACGUUGCUCCAAUUGUUUUCUAAGCUCUGCCAUUGUAUCUAUUACUAUUCCAGUAUGAUCUGCGUAUGUGCAACAUUCUUCUCGUAAUGCUACACAUAACCCCCCUUGUUGCAAAAACAGCAAGUCUAAUCCUCGUCUAUUCUGAAGCACGACUUCCGAUAGGGAUCUUACUGACUUGACUAGUCCAUCUAUUGCCUUUUCAAUUCUACUCAGAUCCUCGUCUACUGAGACCCUUAAGUCUCUCAUGCCUUUUUGCUGGUUUACUAAAGAAGCUACUCCUGUUCCCACUCCUGCUCUCCCUAUGCCCAAUAGUACGGCCACUGUAAGAGCCGUAGCCGUAAAAGGUUCUCUUUUUGAUAAAUGAUGUUCAGGAGUGAUCUGAUGUUCAUAUACGUACUCCUUUGGGUGGUAUAUGAUCCGGGGAACUAUCAUAACUUGUAUGCAAUACUCAAAUGAUUCAUUAAAGUUAGGUAUGGAUAUACAUGGGGUCACCCCUAGCAUGUUACAUACCUAUUUAGUAUUUACCACGGGGAGAAGCCAUUGAGCUGGUUUUUCGGGUCUAGUGAUUGACAUCUUUACUUGACACAGGUGCUCUUUGUCAGGAGGUAUGUUCCCUAUGCACCUUCCUUUCCCUGUUACUUGGGCUAUUGAUAUUCCUGGAGUUUGCUCCUUGCCUUUCUUCCAGAAGCACUCUCGUGGAUUACUUCCAUUAACCCUCCUAGAUUGUGCUGUGGUUCCCAAAGCUUCAUAAAAAGGUGGAUUAACGGCAUAACACAACCAGCACUCCUUGGUUAAAUUUGGGUAUGUACUGUUGAGGACCUCAAAUGUAGCUUGCAUUACUUUCCACAGUGCACUAUAUUUCCGAGUGGAUUGGGCAGUGACUGGCUAAUUUUCUGAUUGAUUCCAUCCCUCGGUAGAGUUUUCUACUGUUAAAUUAUUGUUACUCCAUUCCCCUUUUUCUUCUUCCCCAAUAAUUACUGGGUUUGGCCCUAUGGGGUCUGGAUCGUGGGGAAUAGGUUCUCGUUUUAUGAGGAAGUGCCCCCCUCGGUCUUUUCCAGGUUCCCAUAGUCUGGCUCCCCAGGUUUUUCCAAUUGUCCAGGCAACAUCCCCCACUUUUUCUUUUGUAACAUUAAUUCUUAUCCCCUGACAAUUUCCCGCAUCCGCUAUCCCGGUGUUCCAUUCUAUACGCGGAGGGGUGCAACCUGUAGGUCGCCAUUCUGCUAUGAUAUAUUCAUCCUUUGUUCCUCCUGGUGAGAAUGGGUAAGCCACUGUUUCACAGCCCCAAUACCCACAGUAAUAUUCCCCAGGGUAAUUACAAUACGACUUUCCUGGGUUAGAAGCUGGGCAAAAGUAAAACCCUCUCUUAUUUAGACACGGACGUAUCCUAAUGAUGUCACAGAGUUGGCAGGCGAAGGAGGGGGGGUUUCCUGAGGUGGUUACCACUUGAAUCACUUGUUGAUCUUCCCAUCUUAUUAAAGACCAUUUAAAGGGUUCAUGACUUGCCUGACUAUCUCCUUGUGCUUCUUUAGUUAAUAACCAUAUUGUUAACAUCAAUGCUAGAGCUGAGUAAAAUCCACUGCCAGCAUAGUGGGUAGGAUUAACUGGCCUAUCGAAUUUUUCCCUUUUUCCAUCCCGAGUCUUUUGGCCCUUUUGGUCAUUGUCUGUAAGUCUUAUUGGUGCUUUUAUUUUGCGAGAUUCCUUUUCCCCACUAGUUAUCCUUCUGC